CUAGUUUCUUUCUGCGAAUCUGCCUCUCAAAUGUUCCUGUUGCUGAACAGUGCGAUUAAGUUACCAAGGCUGGAAGUCAGCUGACUAUGAUGAUGCUGUUUGUGGUUAGUGGAAGGUUGGUGAUGAUAACAUCGGCCAAUUACAGAUCAGCAUGAUCGCUGGUGUUCCUUUUCGACUAGGCAGGCACAGUAGAUACGGAACAGCAGUCGAGCGUGAAGCUAGACGUUGCUCGUAACCCUGGGGCACCAUGAUAACCACGUCGACCUCUUCUAUUUCCUCAACUGCAAUGUACACACACGUGUUACUCCUAAUCAUAGGCGCAGGUGUCAUAAGUGGAGUGACAGCAGUGUCCCCCAUGAAAACAGCUGUAGUUCUUCAAGACCAGGUUACUAAAGGAAAUGAAAGUGUCUGUGAAUUUAAAAACCAUGACCUACGCAUUGCACUCGGACUUUCGCAUAAUGUGACCCUUUAUAUUAACGGCAAUAUUGAGGAAAAUGUAACGCUAAUGUUCACUACAGAUUCAAACGCGACAGAAAUUUUAAGAGAACUGCCCAAUGUGACAUUUGUGGCGGAGGAAAUGAUAAACCAGACUCUACUCACAGUGACUCCCAUUGCUGUUGGAAAAACGGUGCUGAUCACUAAGGCAAUACCCCCUAAUAUGACUGAUGUCUCGAAGGCGUUUGUGCGUGUGGUGGUUCCUCAUUCUGACGUCUUAGAUUACGUUAGUGAUGCUGUGGGCUGGAUAUACUUUGUUGCGUGGUCAGUGUCAUUCUAUCCCCAAACCUUCUCAAAUUGGCGCAGAAAAAGUGUGAUUGGAUUGCAUUUUGACUUUCUGUCUUUGAACACAGUUGGAUUCCUUGUGUACAGCAUUUUCAAUAUUUGUUUAUUUGGGAUUCCAUACAUAGAAUCUGAAUACUUCAAGCGACACCCCUAUGGAGUCAACCCAGUGCAAUUGAAUGAUGUAAUAUUCUCUGUUCAUGCAUUUGCUGCCUGCUGCAUCCAAGUCUUUCAGUGUUUCAUUUAUGACCGAGGAGACCAACAAAUAUCAAAUACAGCAAAGUCUAUUUUCAGCACUGUUGGCCUAGUGACGAUUGUCAUGGUUAUAUUGGCAGCGGCUUCAGUUGUACCAUGGUUGGAUUUCUUGUACUACUUGUCGUACGUGAAACUCUUCAUUACCCUUAUCAAGUACAUACCACAGGCAUACUACAACUACCGGAGAAAGAGCACUUCUGGUUGGAGCAUAGGAAAUAUCCUUCUAGAUUUCACCGGUGGAGCCCUAUCCAUUGCUCAGAUGAUCAUAAUUUCCUACAAUUAUAAUGAUUGGGGCUCUAUAUUUGGAGAUCCAACAAAGUUUGGCCUUGGCCUAUUUUCAAUUAUAUUUGAUGUGUUCUUUAUGGUGCAACAUUAUAUUCUUUAUCGUGGCAAUGCAGGUUACCAACAUGUUUGUGAAAGUCCUACUCCAAGCCAUGUAAGCCCCCUUACAGAGUCUGCAGCAUCUUCAGUUGACUAUGGGUCAACUGGUAGUGUAUACUAAUUGCCUGUAAAUUUCAAUACAGUAAUUGAUGGACAUUAGUAGGAUGUACAGCAACUGUAAGGCAUAUAUUUAGUUUACUUAUUUAAACUUGCUAAUUUUAAACACCAGUGAAAUACUAAAUGAUUGCACUGUUAGUUGUCGCAGUCAAGUGCUGUUUUUAUCGAGUAUGAUAACAGAAUGGAACAUCAUGUAGAUUUAGUUAAGCAAAAUAAUUAGUUUUGUAAAUUUAUGUCUUUGCGUUGUCUUUCAGUAUAAAUACAUAGCGACUUUUGAGUUAUUAUUACUGUACAUUUAAUUUAAGUUUCAGUUUAAUGCCAUCCUUUAAUAAGUUUCCGUUUAAUGCCAUCCUUUAAGUACAGUUUUGUAUAUCUUCAUUAAGUAAAAUAUACAACAGUGCUGCUCAGACCUGUGGGAUUAGCUCUUGUUCUGUUAAUAUUAGGUCCAAGAAUGAGGACUUACAUGCACAAAGUUAUUAGUGAAAGAUACAAUUCAUUAUUGUCACAGGGUUUGUUAUUACUGCAAAAUUAUAUUAGCAUAAACAUUUUGGUAAUAAAACGCAUAUCCUGUAAUGAUGAUGAUUGUAAAACUUUGCUCACAAUGUACAAAACUCCAGUGCUGUAUGAAAUCUGUUAACUGCAGAUGAUUGUGUUUGAAAAAAAUUUUUAAUGUCACAAACAUUUCUAUCAUCACCUUUUAUUUGUACUUAUUAGUAUUGAGUUUGUGAUGUAGUUUGGUUGUGGUAUGUUUAUUUAUUGUUUUACUUAUGAAAGAAAAAUUUUUCUAAUGGUAUGCAGUAGUACAGUGUUACUGUUAUAGAUUAAUAAUUUGCUACACAAUUCAUACAGUCACAUUUGAGUAAGUUUUUUUUUUUUUUUUUUUUUUUUUUUUUUUUACUUUUAAGUUAUGUAUGAAAAAUUUGUUUGUUGUGCAUAGUACAUAUUUGGAUUAAAUGGUCAGAUCUAUUAUAACGGUUAAAACAGGUCUGCAAAUGCUUGAAUAAUAUAUAUUAGUUAAGGAAUCUCUCCAAACUGGCAUGUAUGAGAAUACUAGAAAUUACAGUAUACAAUAUAAACACAAUGUGUAAAAAAUUUUCCUUUGGAAUUUUUCAUAAUCAGUCUUUUGCUAAACCUUUUGGAAGUGUGCUGAUUUUACUAGUCAUUAUAAGGUAAAGUGGUUAUCAUUAGGUUUUUAGGUUUAGGUAUUGAAGCUAGGAGAUUUUGAUAUGUGAGUAUUGUUCAAGCUUUACUAGCGCAUGAAAUCGUUAGUUAGUUAGGAAAAUGUAAUGAGUUUUGUCUGAUGCUAAUCCAGUCACAUUGUAUGAAGUUUAGAUAUAAGAUUAGUAAAUUUUUUUACCAGCUAAUCCAGUCACAUUGUAUGAAGUUUAGAUAUAAGAUUAAUAAAUAUUGUUUAACAUACUUUUGCAGAAUGUAAUUUAUACAAUUAAGUACUAGUGUGUAAUGUAUACCAGUAUAGUAUUCAUAUUCUAAUAGCAGCACCCCAACACACCUCCAUUGAGUGUGCAGUGGUAAAGAUUUCAUAAAUUAAAGAAGAAUAUGAAGAAAAUAGAGAAACAGUUGCAAAUCUUCUGUAAGGUAGAAAAAAGCUAUAGAAUGACAAAUAACUGAACAAAAUUAAACUCUUUUUGUAAAUUAGGACUGAAUACUUUUUGACUUAUUAGCCCUUGGCAGUUACCUGACCAGCUUGAAGAGAUCUUUGUACUUAGCUGAAAAAGUAGUUGGAAGGGAGUUGUAUGAUUUGUAAAAGUUAAUCCUAAAUGUCUUCCUCGUAUGAGCUUGGAAAGAAAAAGCGUGGGUAUUAUCUGUAUAAGAGGUUUGUUAAAGCCAUAGUUAUACAAUGCUUGGUUAACAUUUCAUGGAAACUACAAUUUUGGGGGUUAAGAAUCCAUUGUAACAUAAAAAAGGACUUAUGUUCCCUUUGGUAACUUUAUUAAAGUGAAUUUUUAUGCCAUUUUUUAAUAUGGUUAGGAGUAAUCCACAGUAUUUUUCAUAAUUUGAGAAUUUAGGUAACAAGUACUGAGCAAAUAAAAUUUAUUCUAAUGUGGAAAAUUGAAAAAUAAUAUUGUACAGUUGAAGUGAUAUAACAUCUUGAAUAGCAGAAAACACUGAUCACAUUACUGUUAACAGCACUAAAUUGAAUAUGUUAUGGUGUCUAUUGCUGUACUGUGCUGUGUUUGGCUUUAUGGGCUGAAUGGUCGGUUUAAACUACCAAAUAAUAAUCAUAAUGACAUCUUGUGGUUGAUAGUAUUCUUACAUUGAACAGAGGAACCUUUCUGAAAGAUUUAAAUUAACAUAUCCAGCACUUGCAUAAAUAGCGUUAUACUGCUAGUUACUGUGAAUGGCUUUUCCAUAAUAAUUCAUGGUCCCCUUUGCAACUUCUGUUAUUUAUGUUUUACCACCAUGGAUUAUGACCAAGUAACUAGUUUUUCUCUUCUCCAGAUAAAAGCUUUCUUAUGUUGCAAUCUUCAGUACAAUAUUAUUGAGGUGUUUUGUUGUAAAAAAAAAAAAAAAAAAUAGUUUCUUUUUUUAAGGUUAUAUGUAUCUUUAAUUUUAAACUAAGUACAUUUAUUCAAUACUCAUCUGAUAAUUUAAUAUGAGCAAAGGUUUCAGUAUAUCAGCUUUAUUUUAAAAGACUUAAUAAUCAUAUAUCACACUCUCCUCAGGAAGACGAGCUUCUGUGACCAAAUGCUUGUGGAAAUUCAUCCUUUCUAGGCUGUCAUCAGUUGCCUUGUUACAAAAUUACAAGUAAGCAAGAAAUGGAUAAAAAUGGCAAUUUGAACAUGUCAACAUUCAGCAUCCACACUUCACCAUGUUCUAUAGUAGUUAUCUGCUAUGUAUUUAAGUUGUUGAGUUUUAAUACUGGCCAGGUUCAUUAUUUUUCAUAUCUCAGAUAUUGUUUUAUACAUACAGCAAUACCUUGAGAUACAAGUAGCCCAACAUACAAAGUUUUUGAGAUACGAGCUGCAACUUGGUCCAUAUUUUUGUCAAAGAUACAAGUGGAAUUCCAAGAUACGAGUUACCGAGCUGUGCUUUGGGAGGCUGCCUCUAGUUGGUGCACGGGUCCAGCAUCAGCACAACAGCACCUGUGAAUGACACUUGGUUCUCACAUUUACUUAGCAUUUUAAAAGGCAGGCAAAAGCAAACCCAUCUUCUAGUUAAAUAAGUUCAAAAACGGCAAAAGAUCUUGAUGAAAGUAUUGUUUUAACACUAUUCUACAAACUCUUUGCUUAAAUGUGUAAAGCCAUGAACAACCAAACGUGAAACAACUUUUUUGCUAAGUACAACGGAAUUGGAUAACAACAAUAUCCAUUUGGCUUGUAUUUCAACCAUCAUACGACAGUAAAGAAUUGCCGUAGUUGUUAUAAAUGUCGUUAUGUAGAAUAGGACUUAUAUAUUUUAUGUAAUAACUUUAUUCGCUAUAGAUCAAAGAUCAGCAAGGAAAUAUACUGUUAAAUUUAAGCCAAGUUAUAGCUGAAGCUGAGAAAACUGGUCAAGCUGCUAAUGACUAUUAUCGUGCAUCAGCAACAAGGAUAAUGCUCCUGUAAACUUAUGCCAUCAAACACAACCGUAGAUAAAAUUGAGAGAAAAUAACUUUAAUCAAAACUACUGGGCUUGAAAGAACUCAUUUUACUGCUGUUUUCACACUGAUAACAAAUGAUGUAAAGCUUGUAUUGCAAUGAAAUCAAGUGAAAAUAGCGAACGGAAUCGCAUCAAUUUUUUUUACACAAUAAAUAUGCCCCCCAAUCUGUUAACAAAAUAAAUUACUUAAGUCAUAUCUCGACUUGAAAACACAUCAUAUAACAAAAAAUUACCUGCCUCAAAAACACGUUGUGUAAUGAAAAAUUACCUUGUCUCAUAUAAGUAAAAUAUUUAGAUAUUCGUUUAUGCUAACUAGGAGCAAGAAAAUUUGCUCGGAAUUGAGUUAAAUAUGCCGAAAUAAAUGCGUAUUCGACAUUAGCUGAUUCCCAAACGAUAACGUUGACUGCUAUAUGUUAGUAUUUAAUAAUACAAUAAUAUGAGAAUAUGUACAUACAAUAUUAUUGGAUAUAGUGAAGUAAUGUAUAACAUUUUAAAAGAUUUAUGGAAAAGAUACAUGUUCGUUAUGCUUUUAUUUUAUAAUGUAUGUAGCCAACAGCAGCUUGAUAUCGCUCAAUUAUACUGAUGUCGGACAGUCUGAUUCUCUUUUCGUGUCCAAUUUUUUUCUGCUAUCGUAGUCAGAAUGCAUUGAACCUCCAGAAUUGGCUUAUAUUAAUAAAUUACUAUACCGUAAAUGUAUAGAGCAUACUGUAGGCUAGGCUACUGUAUUCGUAUGUAUAUGAUAUACCAUACACUAGGCUAACUCUUGUUGAUGUUAUUCAAUUUCUCUCUAGCCAAUAUGCAAUGAACCUAGAGAAUUAUCUGAAAUUAAUAAUUAUUAUACCAUAUAUGUACAAGGUAUACUAGUAGGCUAGGCUACCCUAUAUGUAAAGAUUACUGAUUACCCUAGUGUAGGCUGGGCAUAUUCAGGAUACGAUUUUCCAACAAACGAUGGGUUUUUUGGAACCUAACCACAUCCUAAGUAGGAGAAUAUCUGUGCAUGUGUUUCUUAAUUAAAAACAUGACUUUUUACAUAAUUUACGAUGGUUUGGGGAUGUUUCACAAGGCUGGAACGGAUGAAAUCUAUUUCAGUUAUUUUAAAUGGGAGAAAUUUGUUUGACAUACGAGUAGAUUGACUUAUGAUCUCGGUUACAGAACGAAUUAAACUCGUAUCUCAAGGUAUUACUGUGUACUUUGGUUUCUUACAGGAGUACAUAUUGAUGGCAAAUUUCCAAGCAUCAUCAGUGGAAUUGUUGGUACAGUAAUUUAUUAUUUUGCAUGGAGAAUGAAAUAAGAAAAAUAUGCUUGUAUAUAUGAAUAGUAAGUUUUCCUACUACAUUAAUGUAUCAUUGUUGUUAGCCUGGAGUCAAGAAAAAAAAAAGUGUUACAAUAUAUUAUGUAAUUUAGAUCUGUAAAUUUUGCACUGCUGUAUGAUGAAAAGUUUCUGUUGUUUCUGUGGUACAGAUGUGAUAAAGUUGUAUGAACCAUUUAUACAACUUUGAAAACUCAUUGAUUGGAACAUAGCUACAGGUUGGCCCCGGUUAUAGGCGGAUUCAGUUAAUGGCACUUGUCUAGCACCAUAAAAUUGGCGAUUUAUGACCCCAUAAAAUCGGCGAUUUAUGGCACCAUAACUGGGCGAUUUUCGGUUAUUGGCGCCGUAACGCGUUGAUAAUAGUCAUGGCACCAUAACAUACCUAACAGAACGCCAUUAACCAGUUAUUGGCACCAUUAACCGAAACUCAGCGCCAUAAGUGCCACAAAUUGCUGAGUUUCGGUUAAUGGCAGCUUUCGCUUACCACCACCCUACCGAGAACAGAACCCACAGCAAUAACCAGGGACUGCUUGCAUUAUGUUUUGAGGAACUUGACCUUGGGUAGCAUUUAAAAACAUUACAGUUGCUCUCUGGUUUUGAUGUUACAGUACAUUACCUCAAUUGAUGCGUGAACUUUCUUAGAAGUUCAGAGGUAACUUGCAUUAAUAAAAAGGUCACAUGUUUAUUUGGCCUAGUAGUGAAUUGUUUUAAAAUACAUUAGUUAUUUAUUAUGUAAUAUUACCUUUAGUAAAAUUCAUCUUUAUAAUAGCACAUACAAUUUUUCAGAAUAUUGAUACUUAAUUUUCAAGUUUGAAUUUAUUUUUGGAUUGUAAAUAUUGUAAAGAAAAAGUUUUAUUACAUGUAAUUUUGAGACUUGAUGUUUUGCUGAUCCUUUUUCCAAAUAUGUAUACUUUUGAGCCAAAAAUGAAAGCACCUGUAUAAGUAAAGUAAAAAUUAUGAAUUCAGAUUAAGAUUUAGACAGCAUUUCAUUCCUUGCCAAAGUAAAGGCUCGUAUGAUGCACAUCACGGCUUGAAACGCAGCUUACAUAUCUUACUAUACUAUAAUUGGUGUUAUGUCUGUCUGUCAUUCAGUCACAGCCAAACAGCUGUUCCGAUGGGCAUGAAACUUGGCAGGGUCAUAGUGGGGACCCCUAAGAUAAUUUAUAAUAGGGUAUCAUCCUUCCUCCCUGGAAUGGAGCUGGUUCUGCCCAUGAAAUUGGGCUGGUUAUGCCCAUAGACUUAGUUACUUUACGAAUUUAUCAUACAUAGUAAUUUCUGUAUACAUGACUUAUUAUUUGGAAAAGACCCCCUGAUCCCAACUCCUUGACGAGGUGGGGGGCUUAGGGAUCCACUGCAGAGAGAGUAUGCCCCUUUAUGCAUAUGAUCUCUGCUGUGGAUUCAACUGAACAUUGGGACCUUAAACUCCUUUACUCCUCCUCCUAUAAAUUUUCCCCUUCCCUUCCUCUUUCGUUGACAACCUUGGCAUGGUUUUGAAGUAUUGAUUUGACUGCUCUUUUAACUUGAUGGAGGGUGGAGUUGGAUGGCAUGCCACUCGACCCGUAAAAUUAGAGUACCUGACAUGGUCGUGCAAGGAGAAAUUUUUAUAUCAAGCCAUGCCCACAUGUUGGGUGUGGUGUAUAUUCAGGUGAAGAUCCCAGGGCAGUUACCACUGUGUAACAGUAUUGCUCCUCCCCCAGUUGGGGCUCCGUGGUGAGUGGGACCUCAUCCUGGACGAAAUUUACACACUUUUAUAUGUAAAAUAUAACAAAUAUCUUCAUGACUUCUAGCACGGAUUUAGACCAUUCUAAAGAAAGCUCAAGUCACAAAGACCAGGUUGGUAAUAAAAUGUUAAUACCAUAUACUAAGUCCGGGAAACCUAAGUACGUACCGUCAUGACCCAACCUUGACUCACUUUGACUCCCUCUUUGGGAGUGGAAGUUGGUCAAGGUUUCAAACCAUGGAAGCUGAACAAAAUAUUUCAGUUUUGAAAUUAGAAAAUUGUUUACUAAAUAGACAUCCAACAGCAGAAAUGUCGUUCAGAAAAAUAAAAGAGAAGACUUGGCUUAUAGAAGCCACAACAAAAAAAGCCAGCCUGAAGACUAUUUGCCUUUAAGAAUUAUAGAUACCAUUAAUGUUAAAGUGGAAAAGCAUGAUAAUAUGAGGAGCAUUCUGGGUACCAUUGUAUUUCCUGACAAUAACGAGGAACCAAUCAAUAAGAAAAUGCUUUUAGAGACACUCAAAAAGAGAUGCCCGAAGAUUGAGGAUUGCGAGGUGUAUGAUGUAACAAGUAAAAAAGGCAAUAAACAAGUACUAAAAAUAGCAAAAAUGAAAUUUGAGGUUUCAGAUCUACCUCUUUAUUAAAAAAAUAAAAAAAAUUUAGGCCAAAAUAGAGAGUUAAGACCCUAUAUUCCAAAGCCACUGCAGUGUCAAAAUUGCAGUAACUAUGGACACACACACACAAAUUGUAGGAAUGCACCAGUAUGCGCUUACUGUGGAUCUACAGAACACACCAAAAGAGAGAGCAGAAUCAUCAUGCAAGAUCCAAAGAAUGCAUGUAUUACAUAUACAACACGGAAUUAUAAAUGUUAAAAGAAAGAACAGGCAUGUCUAUAACAGGCUAAAUUAGAAUUGAAAGUGAAAGGAAUUCAAGAUCCUGCUAAGAAAUGUACACAUUCUUGUAUAACAGGAACCAGUAAUGAAACAAAAAAACAUACAGAUGGAAGUAACAAGAUGCAACAAUGGUCUCAAAAAGAAAUCAGUAAUAUACAGGAAAAAACUAAGAUAGUAAAGAAUCAGGAAACUGGUGCAGAUUAUAUGGAUUAUAUUCUAUCAAAUUCAUUUGAAGUAUUAAUGCCAAUAGAAGCACAAGAAGAUACUACCACAAAGGUAGAAGGAGGAAGUUGUGAUGUACUGGAAAAUGAAGAAAAAGUUAGAGAAACGUUGGUCAAACCAAAAUCAAAAUAUAUGAAGAAAGAACAAAAACUAAAUAAGAACAUACAUUUAUCUCCUAAAAUAAUAAUAAAACCUGUAGAUGCAGUGAUCCAAAACACCAAAGAAGUGGAGGAGAACCAUAUCAUGGAUGAUGGUGACUAUGUCACGGGGGAUGAGAUUACUCCAUUACCAAUAAUCAGUACAACAAGAAGAAAUAAAGCAAUAGAUAUACAUGAUAACACAGGUGGAAGUAAUGAUUGCUUCAUUGCAUUGUGCAACAAUAACAAACUGUUUAGCAAACAUUAUAAGAAAUUUUAUGAAAUACAGAAAGAAAGAGGCCACUGAUUUAACACCCAUGAAAUAGGUUGUAUGUGUAUUGAGCACUUAAAAUAUUACAAAGAUGAACAACUGAAUGUCAUAAAUAAAAUUUUAGAAAAAAUUCAAGUUGAUAAUACAA